AUGGCGCCCUCGGUGCAAAAUGCCCGCAGGGGUCAGGCUCUGGACGACCUCAUCAUGGCAGAACGCCUAUAUUACCCCGACGAGCCGCAUUACUUUCGGUUCUUCGUCAAGAAGUUCCAGCGACGAGCUCCUCUUAUCAACAGGGGUUAUCAUUUACGACUGAAGGUCAUUGACACGCUCGUCCGCCGUUUUCUCCAGAGGCCUUCGUAUCGCAAGAAGGUAGUCGUCAACCUUGGUUGUGGAAGUGAUGUCUUGCCGUGGCAGUGCGAGGUGCGCUACCCGGACGCCUGCCGAGAUGUCACAUUCAUCGACGUCGACUAUCCAGACCUCAUCCAGAAGAAGCGCCGUAUUGUUCUCGACACGCCCGAACUGCAUGCUCUUCUUGGAACUUGGGAGGUCAACGACAAGUCCCCCAUCGUUCUCCAAAGCCAGAAAUACUGCCAAAUCGCCUGCGAUCUUCGACAACUCUCCGCCCUGGAAAAUGCUUUAUCCAAGCUGUUUGACCUAUCCGCAACUGAAUUUCUCUUUGUGGCUGAGGUGUCUAUUACAUACAUGGACACGGAGGGUGCUGAUUGUGUCAUCAAUUGGGCUGGUUCCCUUCAACAUGCCGAAUUUUGCUUGCUGGAGCAGAUUCUGCCGGACGGACCGGAUCAUCCUUUCGCUCAUACGAUGCUCAAGCACUUCAACAAGUUGAAUACACCAAUCAAGUCUGUUCAUCGCUACCCAAGCGUCGCUAGCCAAGAGGCCCGCUUUGAGACAUUGGGAUGGUCCGCGGCGGAGAGUUGGACGCUUUGGGAGGCUUGGGCCGACGACCUGUUCAUGACUUCUGAAGAGAGGCGAGCUCUUGAUGUUGUUGAGCCCUUUGAUGAGUGGGAGGAGUUCGCUCUCUUCGCUAGUCACUAUGUUGUCAUCCUUGCCUCAACUUUUGGGUCUGACAACGGCAGACAUAUCUCUCAAAAGCCAGGGGAUUCCACCAUUCCAUCCUAUCAAACGCACAUGAACUUGUCCAAGUAUGAAGCUAAUCGAGGACACCGCCGAUUUGGCGCAGCCAUGCUCGUCGAGAACCCCAAUGGUCAGGUUGUUGUCUCACACAUGCAAGGCCAGGGGCCAAAUGGAAGGUUGACCUCAGUGGACUUGUACCGAGUCUCGGCUGAUCGCCCGCCAGCUUCUUCUUCUUCUCAGAAGGGCCCGUCCGGCAGGCCUGUUGUUUCAUUUGAGAUCGUCGAUGCACCGAUUCAGAGGAACCAGACGAGCUUGUUGUCUAGAUUUGGGGCAACAGUCAUCAACUCUGGGGAGUACUCCUUUGUGUUUGGUGGCGUAAUUAAGGACGUCCAAUUGCCUGCGGCAUUGGACAUGAUUAUCGUCAAAGAGGUCAAUGCCGGACUAGAAAUCGUUGCGAGCCUCGAUGGAUUUGGCGAGUCUGGCAGCCUUCGUCCUUUCUUGAUUGGAGCUUCGGUUAUUCCUCACGCCGACGGAGAGUUCGCCGUCGUUGGCGGCGGUGCCACUUGCUUUUCGAUGGGAACCUACUGGACAAAAGGAAGUUACAACUUCGCUUUCGACACUCAACGACUAGUUUCCGGGCAAAAGAAGCUACCACUUCUAGCUUCCCAGAUUGCGCCAGUCGAGUACUCUGAGACUGUCGAAAUCACAGCGGACGAGACAAAAGCGAGUACAGAGAUUUUGCCGCCGGUUUCUCUCCAUUGUCUGCCUCGUAUCAAGGUUGAGUCUAAAGAUCAGUUCCAUACAAUCUUAGAUGCGGGGAAACCGGUUAUCAUUGAGUCUGCAAAUUUGGGCCCAUGCGUAUCUGAAUGGUCACAGGAAUAUCUCGUCAAGACCGUCGGCGCAGACCGUGAGGUCUCAGUUCACGAAUCUACGGUCGAAAAUAUGGAUUUCAACGCCAAGAAUUUUCGUUACGUUACCAAGAAUUUCGGCGAAUUCAUCAAAGAGAUUGGAGAAGGGAAGCGGCUUUACUUGAGAGCUCUGUCGAAGGAUGAGCCAUCAAAUCUUCCUACACAAUUGGUCACCGACUAUCCGUCCUUGGCAAAGGACUUCAUACUCCCCUCCCAACUCGCCUAUGUUCAAGACAACACCUUCAGUUCCGUGUUGCGCAUCUCUGGCCCGGUCAACAUGUGGUUGCACUAUGACGUCAUGGCCAACGUGUACGCACAGGUCAGAGGAUCGAAACGUCUCAUACUGUUCCCGCCUACAGACGUUAAUUACCUCUCCUUUUCCCCAGGUGCGUCAAGCUCCAGCGUGGAUGUCUUUUCCGCACUGGGUGCGGGCUCACUGCGCGGCGUACAGCCAUACGAGGCCGUCGUGGAGCCAGGCGACAUUCUCUUCUUGCCGCCCCUCUGGCUCCAUACUGCCGCUCCAACUUCGGACAUGAGCGUGGCCGUCAAUAUAUUCUUUCGCAAUCUGGAGAAGGGAUACUCUUCGGGAAGAGACGUCUAUGGCAACCGCGACUUGGCCGCUUACGAAAAGGGGCGCCAGGACGUUUCACGCAUCGCAAAUAACUUCAGCAAGCUGCCAUCAGAUGCUCGGGAGUUCUACAUGAGGCGCCUUGCAGAUGAGCUACUGCAAUCAACAAUGAACGUGUAG